AAUACCCUGGGAAGCAAGUGGCUGCACCUUGGGAUUUCUGGCUUCUCCUGAAGUUUGGUUUGGUAAUUCUUGUAAUUGCUCUAAGCGUUCAAGCAGAUGCCAGGUUUUUCUAGUUCUCAGCAGGAGGCUCAAUCUGCAUUACCUAGUUUGCCAUCACUAGAAGUGGAAGUCCUCUUUCAUCUAUGCAGGUUCUCUCUGUAUUCCAGGUCUUAAGUCGGUUUCCAUGAAAACUUUUCUUCUGAAACUGAGGAAAUAAAGUCUUUGCUUUCACUUUUUGGAGGUCAGUUCAUCAGUAGUCAGGAAACUUAUGGAAAGUCUCCUUUUUGGAUUCUUAGCAUUCCCUCUGAAGAUAUUGCCAGAAACUUAAUGAAACGAACAGUGUGUGCCAAGUCCAUAUUUGAACUAUGGGGUCAUGGAAAAUCUCCAGAGGAGCUGUAUAAUUCUCUUAAAAACUACCCUGUGGAGAAGAUGGUUCCAUUUCUGCAUUCAGAUUCUACAUAUAAAAUAAAGAUUCACACAUUUAAUAAAACAUUGACACAAGAAGAAAAAGUCAAACGAAUAGAUGCACUUGAGUUUCUGCCAUUUGAAGGGAAAGUGAAUUUAAAGAAGCCACAGCAUAUAUUCUCUGUUUUGGAGGAUUAUGGUUUGGACCCAAACUGCAUCCCUGAGAAUCCACAUAAUAUUUAUUUUGGUAGAUGGAUUGCAGAUGGACAGAGAGAGCUUAUUGAGUCAUACAGUGUCAAAAAGAGACACUUUAUUGGAAAUACAAGCAUGGAUGCUGGUUUAUCAUUUAUCAUGGCCAACCAUGGAAAAGUGAAAGAAAAUGAUAUAGUCUUUGAUCCAUUUGUUGGAACAGCCAAGGUUAAAUGCUGGAUUGUUAGAUAUUGCUGCUGUCCUGGGAACAGUCCUGAGAUGUGGACCAGACUGGAGUCCUCCUCUGAAGUCGACGGUACUCCUAGGAUUAUGGUAUCCCUCAGGCAUCCUUGCGGCUCCCUCGAUGUCCUCCUGAACCGGGACCAGUAUUCACAUCUGUUAAGUGAUCACUUUCUCCCGUACCAAGGUCAUAAUUCCUUCCGUGAGAAAUAUUUCAGUGGCGUUACAAAAAGAAUUGCCAAGGAAGAGAAAUCUAGCCAAGAGUGAAAAUUAAGAUUUUGACAAUGGAAAGAGUAAGGAUUUAACAGAAAAGACAUCUGGAUGUGAACUUCCAUGUAUGAUACAGAUAACAUAUACUCUUUUAAAUAAUUUUAUAUAAUGAAAUAAAUGCUCCAAAGUAAAUUGAACACUUCUUUUACAAUUAGCUUUGUUUUAUAGAUUAUUUUGUUGUAUGUGGUCUUUGGAACCUUAUUUAAUUUAUAUUUGUACUUUUAAGUAUUAUGGAAAUUGAAAACAGUUAUAUUUUUGGUAAUUAAUUUGCAAGGGGAACUGAUAUUAUUGACUUUUAAAACAGAUACCUGUCGAUACGUUAUAAGCAGUUAACUAACCAUGGUUAAGAAUUUAUUCAUUCAGUAGGUUCAUUUAUUUGGUUUCUGAUUGUAAUUGAUUUAUAGUGCUAAUAAAGCUUACUGAGGAUUCCUAAAA